AUCUAAUAUAAAUAAAGCAAGUUAUCUGAUGAAAUCCCAUAUCAGAGAAUAUCAAAAUAAGGAUUAGCAUUCAGCAGAAAUGGCUCCAGGUCUCGAAGAGCACCAAAACCACCAAGGUGGCCACCAAAAUCUUCAACAGAGUCUUGCUAUUUACAAGGAUAUUCUUGAAACUAAGGAGCCUGAACCAACAGAGGAGCAGCAAAAACUAGUUGGUAGAAGCCAGGAAAUUGGACACAAGAGUCUCUUACAGACUGAUGCUCUUUACCAGUAUAUACUUGAAACUAGUGUAUAUCCUAGGGAGUCUGAACCAUUGAAAGAGCUUCGCGAAUUGACAGCAAACCAUCCAUGGAACGUCAUGACCACUUCAGCUGAUGAAGGGCAAUUCUUGGGCAUGCUUCUUAAGCUCAUCAAUGCCAAGAAUACCAUGGAAAUUGGUGUUUACACUGGCUACUCUCUUCUUGCCACUGCUCUUGCUCUUCCUGAUGAUGGCAAGAUAUUGGCCAUGGACAUCAAUCGUGAAAACUAUGAACUGGGUCUACCUGUAAUUGAAAAAGCUGGUGUUGCUCACAAGAUUGACUUCAGAGAAGGCCCUGCUCUUCCUGUUCUUGAUCAAUUGAUCCAAGAUGGAAAAUACCACGGAACGUUUGAUUUUAUCUUUGUGGAUGCUGACAAAGACAAUUACCUCAACUACCACAAGAGGACCAUUGAGCUUGUGAAGGUCGGAGGACUCAUCGGCUAUGACAAUACCCUGUGGAAUGGUUCUGUGGCGGCACCCCCUGAUGCACCACUGAAGAAAUAUAUCAGGGUCUACCUGGAUUAUGUGUUGGAGUUCAACAAGGCCAUGGCUGCUGAUCCAAGGGUCGAGAUUUGCCAGCUCCCUGUUGGUGAUGGGAUUACUCUAUGCCGCCGCAUUAGCUGAUCAUUUCGAAAUGGGCUUCCCAUCAAUUUGGAGUUGUAUAGUGCUGCUGCAUGGCAUCUGCUUGCAGGGUCACUUUGGUUCGGGUCGAGUUACCACUGUUUGUUUGUUAUGGGCCUUUUUCUUUUGAGUUGGGUAUUUGGGUUUUUAGUCAGAAUUGAUUAUUAUAAUGGGCAAUGGACUAUGUAUUUCUUCUACCAUUAAAAGCCCAUGUUAUGGCGAGUCUACAGUUAGUAACCCAAUAAUUAAAUAUUUAUCUCGUAAUAUGAAAAUUAUAUCUAAAUUUCUUAAUGUUUAUAUAUAUAUAUAUAUGAAUGCCAAAUUGCCAAUUUUUCGUGUC